AUGGCGGCCACAAUGCUCGCGGUGGCAUUGGCCGUGGCACUGGCCGCCGUCGGCGUCUCCGCUGCGCCCCGCAGCAUCCACUCGGCAGCGCCGUGGGAGCGGGUGGACGAGGAGGUGCGGCAGCUGUACGAGGCGUGGAAGUCAAAGCACCCACCGUGGCCGCCGCGCGGCAACGACGACGACCUCCUUCGGCUGGAGGUGUUCCGCGACAACCUCCGCUACAUCGACGCCCACAACGCCGAGGCCGACCUGGGGCUCCACGGCUUCCGCCUCGGCCUCACCCCCUUCGCCGACCUCACCCUGGAGGAGUUCCGCGGCCGCGUCCUCGGCUUCCAGCAUAGCCGCCGCAACGACACGACGGCAGACGACGCCGCCGACGGGCGGAGCACCCGCUUCGACCUGCACAGCGCUGGCGAGCCAUAG